UGACAUUCUACUCCCCUCUCUCUCUCUCUUCCCUGAUUGAUUCAUAACUUCGCGGGUUAGGCUCAGACCCAAUCUCUAUUAGUAUUAUAUAUCCUGGUCUUAAUUUUGAUUGAAGCAAGCUAGCAGCCUGGCCCUUUAGAUCUUGGAGGAACCAAAUGGCUCCACUCUUGUACCUUGGUUUCAGAAGGGUGCUCCUGUUCUCUCUUCUUUUGUUCUUUUUUGUUUCUGUUUGCUUCAGUGGUGUUUGCUCAGAACAUCAACCAGAGAGCAAAGCCUUGUCUAGUGGUGGCAGCAACAGCAGAAGGAGAAUGUUGUUGGAGUUUGAUGCUGAAAAGGAAGAGUUUGAACAGCCCCCGAAAACGAAAUCCACCAAAAACCAAACCAAGUUAAUCAAGCCCACCACUAACCUCUCCUCCAAAAACCAAACCAAAACCAUCAAAUCCAAUAACCUUAAUUCCUCCAAAAACCAACUGAAGCUAGCCAAAACCAAAGCCGCCGCCGGCGACACCCUCACCAACACCACCGAGGUUGUUGCCGUGAAGAAACUGAACUCCACCACCUUAAAGUCCAAGAAGCUGAAUUCCACAUCCAAAGGAUUAACGAAAUCAUCCUCAUUGGAUCUCGCGAAAACUAGUGGCGGCAAGAACAAAACGACAAAAGCCACCGCCACCAACAAGGACAAGGAAGUUACCAAUAAAGUAACCAAGUUUUUGGAUCAAACCGAAUCCGACAAGCAGAGUAAGAAGACUAACAACAACAACAAGAAACAACAACAAGGGCAACCUAGUUGGGUGUUCGAAGACGAGGUGGACGAUGAUUUGGUUUCGGAGUUCAAAGAUCUACCAAUGAAGUUCCAACAAACACUAAUCCCCGACCUGGAACGAAUCUCCACAACCUCAAAAGCCUACAUAACAAAAGCCAACAAAGAGAUCACGAGAGGGUUCAAACCCUACGUUGGCAACAAGUACGCACCCACCAUCACCACUUUACUCUCUUGCGCAUUCGCUUUGAUCCCUUUGCUUUUAGUCUCACUCCUCUUCAACAAAAUCAAAGCCUAUUUCUCACUCCAAAAGCUCUUAAUCUUCAUCCAAGCCUACCUCGCCAUCUACUUCACCAUUCUCUGUCUUUCUUCCUUCGUCACUGGUCUUGAACCUCUCAGGUUUUUCUACUCUACUUCGCGGUCCACGUAUCUUUCCCUGCAGGUUCUUCAAACUCUCGCUUACGUUCUCUACCUUUUGCUACUCCUCAUGUACCUCGUUUUGGUGUUCUCAACUGAUUCUGGGCUGGGCUCCAAGUUCUUGGGCCUGGCUCAAACUUUUGUGGGCUUUGCCAUCGGGUUGCAUUAUUACGUGACCGUGUUUCACAGGGUUGUGUUGAAGCAACCGCCGAAGACAAAUUGGAAGAUUCACGCGAUUUAUGCCACGUGUUUUUUCCUCAUUUGUGUCAUUGCUAGAGCUGAUAGAAGGAAGAAGACCUACUUGGAAGAAGGUGGAGAAGAGGGCAAGAAAAAUUGAAAUUAGUCAAACUAGUAAUUAGCUAUGCCUACAUUUUCGGUUUAAUUUUCUUAAUUAAAAUUUCAGAUUAUCCAAAGCAACAUAUACCAAUCUUGUUCUGUUGUAGCGAAAUUAAAUGCCGUAAGGCUUUUGGCUUUUGUGUCUACCAGCAUUCAAAUUCGUUCCAUAAAAAUAAAUUGAGGUGAUGACUAUAUAAUUGUAUUAUUGUGGAAUGCAUUAUUCUGAAUGAUAUAUAAUAUAUUUAUAUAGUAUCACUUUACAUC